UAUGAUAGUUACCUUUCGCAGCAUGGAGGUUCUUCUAAUGCCUACACUGAGGCUGAGUACACUUGCUACCACUUUGAAGUUAAUCAUGAGUACCUCAAAGGAGCUUUAGAAAGAUUUUCUCAAUUUUUUAUAUCACCCCUAGUUAAGGCUGAAGCUAUGGAACGAGAGGUGUUAGCAGUUGAUUCAGAAUUCAACCAAGUUUUGCAAAAUGAUAGUUACCGCCUUCUGCAGCUUACUUGCCACACAUCUACCCCUGGUCACCCUUUUAACAGAUUCUUUUGGGGAAAUAAGAAAAGCUUGGUUGAUGCGAUGGAAAAUGGAGUUAAUCUGCGGGAAGAAAUCUUGCUAAUGUACAGGGAAAACUAUCUUGGGGAUAUAAUGAAACUUGUGGUUAUUGGAGGAGAGUCACUUGAUAUCCUGGAGAAAUGGGUAGUAGAACUUUUCAGUAAAGUUAAGAAAGGCAAUCCAGUGAGGGCUAUUACUGGAUGUGAUAUUCCUAUAUGGAAACCUGGCAAACUUUACAGAUUAGAAGCUGUUAAAGAUGUUCAUGUACUAGAAUUAUCAUGGAGAUUACCCUGCCUUCACAAGGAGUACCUAAAAAAACCAGAGGAUUACUUGGCACAUCUUCUUGGACAUGAGGGCAGUGGAAGCCUACUUUUUUUCUUUAAAGCUAAAGGGUGGGCAACAUCUUUAUCUGCUGGUGUUGGUGAUGAAGGCAUGCGCCGGUCUUCUAUUGCUUAUGUGUUUGUCAUGUCAAUAAAUUUGACAUAUUCUGGAGUAGAAAGGAUAUUUGAUAUUAUUGGAUUUGUGUAUCAAUAUAUCAAAAUGCUUUAUCAAUCUGCUCCGCCCGAAUGGGUAUUCAAGGAACUGCAAGACAUAGGAAACAUGGAAUUCAGAUUUGUUGAUGAGCAGCCUCAGGAUGAUUAUGCUGCAGAACUAGCAGAGAAUUUACUUUUUUAUUCUGAGGAACAUAUUAUUUAUGGAGAAUAUGCUUUUAAGCAGUGGGAUCCAAAAUUGAUAGAAUUUGUCCUCAGCUAUUUCUCUCCAAAGAACAUGAGGAUCGACUUGUUAUCAAAGUCUUUCAAUAAGGAUUCACAGGGCAUCCUAUGUGAGCCAUGGUUUGGAACAUCAUAUGUUGAGGAAGACAUCCUCUCGUCCAUUCUUGAACUUUGGGGUGAUUCUCCCCAUAUAGAUCCAUCUCUGCACUUACCUUUGAAGAAUGAGUUUAUUCCUAAGGAUUUUCUUAUUCGCAAUGCAAAUGUGUUGCAGAAUUCAGUGAAUACAAAUUAUCCAAAAUGCAUCAUCGACAAUCCAUUAAUGAAGUUAUGGCACAAAAUUGACCUCACUUUCAAUGUUCCUAGGGCGAAUGCUUAUUUCUUGAUAACUGUGAAGGAUGGUUAUAGCAGUCUAAGGACUUGUGUAUUAACGGAACUGUUUGUAAGUCUUCUUAAGGAUGAGCUAAAUGAGAUAAUAUACCAGGCUGGCGUCGCUAAGUUAGACACAUCUUUGAGUAUUAUAGGCCACAAGCUUGAGCUUAGGCUAUAUGGAUUUAAUGAUAAACUAUCAACGCUUUUAUCGAAAAUAUUGACUAUCGCUAGGAAUUUUUCACCUAAAAUAGAUCGAUUCAAGGUAAUCAAGGAGGAUAUGGAAAGAUCCCUAAAAAAUGUCAAUAUGAAGCCCUUGAGUCAUUCGACAUACCUGAGGCUGCAAGUUCUAAGGGAAAAGUUCUGGGAUGCAGAUGAGAAGCUGGCCUGCCUUGUUAAGUUAUCUCUUUCUGAGUUGGAGGCAUUCAUUCCUAUUCUUCUAUCUGAGCUACAUGUUGAAGGGCUCUGUCAUGGAAAUCUAUUGGAGAAUGAGGCGACCAAUAUUUCAGAUAUAUUCAAUAAUACCUUUUCUAUGCGACCUCUACCUCUAGGAUUGCAUAAUCAGGAUCGUGUUCUUUGUCUCUCAUCAAAUGAAAGCCUGGUCAAAAGUAUGCCCGUGAAAAAUGAGGUUGAAGUGAACUCUGUGGUUGAGCUAUACUUUCAAAUCGAACAAGAUAAAGGAUCAAAAGCAACACAGUUGACAGCCAUCACAGAUCUCUUUGGCAAUAUAGUUCAUGAACCUUGUUAUAAUCAAUUAAGGACAAAGGAGCAGCUUGGAUAUGUUGUUGAGUGUGGUCCACGGAUGACAUAUCGUGUAUUAGGUUUUUGUUUUCGCGUACAAUCAUCCAAUUAUAAUCCUUGUUAUUUGCAUCAGAGGAUUGACAACUUUGUUGGUGGCCUUCCUGAUAUACUGGAGAAGCUUGAUGAUGAAUCUUUUGAGAACCAUAAAAGUGGUUUGAUAGCAAACAAACUGGAAAAAGAUCCGUCUCUUUUAUAUGAAACUGAACGGUACUGGACACAAAUUGUGGAUAAAAGGUAUCAAUUUGACAGGCCAAAGCUAGAAGCUGAAGAACUCAAAGCAAUUUCGAAGAGUGAUGUUAUAAACUGGUACAAUACAUACCUUGUAUCGUCAUCCCCGAAAUGUCGGAGACUGGCAAUUCAUAUAUGGGGAUGCAAUUCCAACCUGAAGGAAGAAGGCAACACACAAUAUCAGUUUGGAAAAGUUAUUGAUGACAUUCGCUCCUUCAAAUUGUCUUCUGAAUUCUACCCAAGCCUUUGUUGACAUUAAUGCUUGGAGUUGCCAUCAAUGGUUGCAAAUCAUCAGAAACUUCGGAGGCUCAUUUCUUCUCUGGCGGAGGAAAAUGUGAUAAUUUUUACCUUAAAUGAUUAUUAUUGUUGUGUAUGUUCUUAUUGCUGAGUGAAAUGUUUAGAUGAUUUCGAAUGAAGUUUAUAUUUAAUCAGUGUCAUAUCAAUGCAUUCGUGAUAAUUCAUAGUUAAUAAAACUUUUUUUUUUAUUUA